AUGGAAGAUUCAAAGGAGGGAGACGACAGAGAGAUGAUGCUACGGAGCGGCGACGGCGCUGGAGCAGAGAAUGGACGUGCUGCUGGAGAGUUGGGAGCCCUGACGCCUCAAGACUCAACAGAGGAAAGCAACGGGAUGGCGAUGCCGCAGAACAGAGUCGAUGGCGGAGUGAAAGAAGUAGCAGCCACCGGUGAACUGAAGACCCUGAAGCUGCAGCGUGGUCGCAAGGCCGCCCUACUCACCCGUGCCUGUAACACGGCUGAGAUACAAAUCGAUCGCUGUGCAAGUGAAGAAGAACUUAGGAAGCGGCUUGAGUCCCUGAACACGGCCCUGGAAGGCUUCCUGGAGAUAAAUGGUGAUUAUGUUGAAAAGGUACAGGAAGUGGGUGAGCUAGAAGAGGCGGAAGAGUAUGCCGCCCGGUUGACGGCACGGCACGCCUCAGCAAUCAAGGCGAUUAAAGAGGCCAUCAAGUUGAAGUCCUCAGGCUGCUCAGCGUCCGAGACAGAGGGGAAGCCGAUGUCGCUCGCUCCACGGCGAGACGGAAGUAAGGUCAGUGGGUCCCGGGCUUCAAAAUGCUCAAAGGCCUCAACAGUGGCAAGGGAGGCUGAAAUAACUGCAGAGAUGAAGGCCCUCGAGCUGAAGCAUCUCAGGGCACGAAAGGAACGAGAAAGGCAGAAGGAAGAGCAAGAGGACAUGCUGAAGGAGCAAGAAGACACGCUGAGAAAAGCACGAGAAAGGCAGAGUAGGAAGCAAGAGGACAUGCUGGAGGAGAAGGCUAUGCAGGAAGAGGUUGAACGAGCGCUUGUGAAGGCACGUCUAUGCAAGGCGGCUGAGAGCGAUCUCGAAUGGGAGAGACGGCACGACUUCGAUGGCGAGAACGUCGCUCUGGUUCCCAGGGAGUGCAAUGUGGCGGAUGGUCCAGUAACGGUCGACCUGCCUCAGCGUAGACUACCGCCACAAGAAGAGCGCCGAACACUGCAACCUGAGCAGCAGACAGCCGCAAACAACGCCGAGCUGCCGAGCAGCAAGAACGAACAGCAUCCCGCUAACUGGGUGACAGCGGUGCGCUCUGAGCAACAGCCUUUGUUUCAUCAACAAUCGGCGUUUGUGAAGAGCAUCCCACGUCUGACCCUGCCGACGUUCCGAGGAAGCGCUCAAGAGUGGCCACGCUGGAUUGGGCUGUUUAAAGCUUUGGUGCACAAUCAGCCGUCGUUGUCAGACUCCGAGCGUAUGGCACACCUUCAGAACGCGGUAGAAGGACCAGCUGCCCAAGCCAUCAACGGCAUGCUCUUCAACGGGGAACUCUACCAGGAGGCUCUCAAGACCUUGCAGGAACGCUUCGGCAGAGAGGAAGACAUCAUACAGGCCCAUCUGCGAAAGAUCUUCACCUCCACCCCGCCAUCUCUCAUGGACCUCCCAGCCAUGGAGCAAUUCUACUCAGUCGUCCACAACACGGUGACAGUUCUUCGCAAUCUGGGCUACUCAAGCGACCUAGCGAGCAGCGAAAACCUGAGAAGAGUGGUGGAGAAGCUACCAGUCGAGCUUGGUCGAGAAUGGGGCCGAGAAGUGCAUAGGCUCCGACCAGUGCGACCCACCCUGGAGGCGUUCAGCUCAUGGUUGAAGACAGAAGUCGAUGUCCUUAGCCACUCUGCCAGCCGGUCUGUGACGAACGACAGAAAAGGAUCAGCCAAGUCCAGAGACGGAGGGACGGCAAGAAAGUCGGCAUUCGCGACAGGCGCCACUCCUUCGGCAGACCCAGAAUCACGAAGGGCAUGUGUGAUGUGCGAGGGCAUGCACAAGCUCCCAAACUGCCCGACGUUCAAGGCCAAAACUACUGAAGCCAAACUGGAUAUCGUGAGCGCCGAAGGGCUGUGCUUUUCGUGUCUUGGCAAAGGACACUGGAGCCGGAAGUGCAGGAUGGCCAGGAGGUGCGGUAUCGAGGGCUGCAAGUUCAAGCAUCAUCCGCUGCUUCAUGACAACAAAGGACAAGCGGUAGCCGACAAGCCUCACAAGGAAGAAGGCAGUAGCAGCGCACCGUUCGUAGCGGCGUCACUGAACGAAGAGACAGACACCUUGCUUCAGGUAGUUCGGGUCCAAGUCCAUGGCAUCAGAGGCUCGAAAGAGGUUCUUGCGCUGCUCGAUACCGGGGCGCAAACAUCCCUCUGCAGUGAAGACGUCCUACGCGACCUGGGGAUCGCUGGGCACCGUCGCCAACUUCGAAUUCAAAACGUGGAAGGAAGUGGCGCUCAGAAGUCCUCGCAGCGCGUCUCAUUGACCAUAAGCGCAUUGGACCCUGAUGGAAAGAAGAAUGACAUCAAAAUCCCUGAAGUGUGGUCCGUCCCAGCUCUCAACGUGACUGCCCCUGUGGUAGCAAGAAGUCAGCUCAAAGGAUGCGAACAUCUUCGCGGACUUGAGUUCCCACAGUACGACGGGGGGCAGGUGGAACUGCUUAUCGGAGCCAACGUCUUGGAAGCAGUCCUGCAAAGAGAGACGCGUGUGGGACGCCCCAAUCAACCAGUAGCCGUGAAGACCGACCUCGGGUGGGCACUGACAGGAUCAGUCUCGGCCAUUGUUCCCAGCAGCUUGCGCCAAGUUAUGUCCACGAAGCUGCUACUGACGGAGCCGGAGGACGAGUUGUCUGCAGCUGUUAGUGAGUGGUGGUCUACAGAGUCUUUCGGGACUAGAUACCGCGCGACAGCUCCCCGAUCAAGGGAGGAUGAAAGGGCUUUCAAGAUGCUGGAAGAGAAUACAACCAAAGACGAAGGACGAUACAAGACGGGCCUGCUGUGGAGGGAGAGCGAUGCCAGUUUUCCAAACAACAAAGUACUGGCCAUGAAGCGACUUCAAGCCACAGAGAGAAAGCUGGAGAAGCAGCCGGACAUAGCCGUCAAAUACAGGGCCACGAUCGAAGCCUACAUCGCCGCAGGACAUGCCAGAAAGCUCACGGUUGAAGAGGCUUCGGCUCCUACCAAAAGGCGGUGGCUCCUGCCUCACCACGCUGUCACCAAUCCCAAUAAACCAGGAAAGGUACGGGUCGUCUUCGACGCCGCUGCGGCUUACCGCGGAACCUCCCUGAAUGGGAAGCUGCUAACCGGCCCUGACCUGCUGCAAAGCUUGCCAGGUGUCCUCCUCCGCUUCCGGGAGGGCCCUGUGGCAGUCGCAGCAGACAUCACGCAGAUGUACCAUCAAAUAAUGAUCAACGAAGACGACCAGCCCGCCCUGAGCUUCCUGUGGCGAGAUAUGGACAGCAACCGGCCACCGGAUAUGUACCAAAUGCAGGUACUGAUCUUCGGAGCUCGAUCGUCACCAGCCAUUGCCAACUAUGUCCUCAGAAGAGCCCUCCAAGAUCACUGGAAUGAAGAAGGGACAGCGCCUCCCAGAGAACCCGAGCAGAUCCAACGAAGCUUCUACAUGGACGACUUCUUGCUGUCUGACGUGGAUGUGAACACCGCCAAGCAUGUGAAGCAAGAGGCCACCCGAGCCCUCGCUGAAGGAGGAUUCAAGUUGACUAAAUGGAGGAGCAACAGACGCGAAGUUCUGGAAGGCACUUCAACCAAUGAGCUGGCCAAUCCGGACGGUAACCUCUGCCUGGGUGCGCCGACGGCUACAGCUGAGAAGGCUCUAGGAGUCGUCUGGAACGAGAACCAAGACACCCUGGGGUUUCGUCUCCGGGAAUCCGAUGAACCGCUGACGAAGCGGGGAGUCCUGAGCCGAACAGCCUCUGUAUUCGAUCCGCUGGGGAUAGCUUCACCGUUCACGGUAAAGGCCAGACUCAUGAUGCAGCGUCUGUGGUCCCACCAUUUGGCAUGGGACGACACCCUGCCUGAACCAGAGAUGGAAGAGUGGCGCGACUGGCUCCGCGACUCCGAAUGCCUGCAGAACAUCAGCAUCCCAAGGUGCAUCAGACCGGAGGAGGACGUGAAAUGUCAACAGCUCCACGUCUUUUGCGAUGCAUCAGAAGCAGCCUUCGGAGCCGUCAUCUUCAUGAGGUCAACUACAACCAGCGGCAUGCACCAGUGCAGGUUCCUGAUAGCCAAGAACAGGGUGGCGCCCCUGAAAAAGCUGUCUAUCGUACGGCUAGAGCUACAGGCCGCUCUGCUGGGAGCCAGACUCGCCAGUACCGUGGUGGAGGAGCUCUCGCGCAAGCCCGAUGCGAUGUUCUUCUGGUCAGACAGCAGCGUGGUCCUGCAGUACCUUUCAAAUGAGUCAAGGAGGUUCCACACCUUCGUGGCUAACCGGGUAGCUGAAGUGAAGGAGUUGACUGCAGGCGGCACGUGGCGACACGUCCCAGGAAAGAUGAACCCAGCCGACGACUGCUCGAGAGGACUGGCUGCCUCCGAACUCACGUCCCAGAGCCGGUGGCUGAGCGGCCCAGCGUUCCUGAGCGACGACGAAGAGAACUGGCCGGCGCAAACGCCACCUGCACCGCUGAUGGAUGACAUGGAGGAAGUGAGGCCGAGCGUCCUGGCCAGUGUAGUGCAUGACGACGACCAGCUGGAGCCUGACCCCAGCAAGUUUUCAUCCUGGCUGAAGUAUCGUCGAGUGGUGGCGUGGAUGAAACGCUUCGCUCACAACGCAGCCGCACGUGCGUCGAACGGCGAGACACGCCGCACUGGCCCUCUGAAGUCUGAAGAGCUGGACGAAGCUGAAGUCCUCAUCCUAAGACGGGCACAAAGAGCCGCCUAUCCCGAAGAAACACGCAGCCUGGCGCUUGGAAAUGAGCUGCCUAAAAGGAGCGGACUGCUGCCGCUGUCGCCGUACAGCAGCGAUGAUGGGCUGAUGAGAGUCGGCGGACGAUUGGAAAACGCUCCAAUCCCAGAAGAUGCCCGGCAUCCGGUCAUACUUCCUCCUCGAGGCGAAGUCACCCGCCUUGUCAUCCUGCAAAGGCAUGAGAGCUGCGGUCAUGCAGGCGUUGAGCAGACAUUGAACGAAACCAGACAGAAGUACUGGGUGGUGAGGGGAAGAGCUGCAGUGAAACAACUCUUGCAGGGGUGCCCCACCUGCCGGCGGCUCAGAGCACUCCCGAGGCCCCCGCGAAUGGCCAGUCUGCCCGCAGCAAGGUUUGACGCCACCCGGCCCUUUAGCAGUACCGGGGUAGAUAUGUUCGGGCCUCUGUUCGUGAAGCGUUUUCGCAGAACUGAAAAGAGAUACGGGCUGAUCGCCACAUGCAUGGCCACCAGAGCAAUUCAUCUGGAAGUUGUAUACAGCCUGGACACAGACAGUUGCAUCAUGGCGCUGCGGCGCCUCUUCGCCAGACGGGGAAAGCCAGCAGCCAUCUUCUCUGACAACGGCACCAACUUCGUCGGAAGCCAGCGUGAACUGAGAGCGGAGCUCCGUGCCAUGGAAAAGAAACUGGCAGAGAAGCUCAGCGCGUUUGAGGUGGACUGGCACUUCAAUCCUCCGGCAGCGAGUCACAUGGGAGGAGUGUGGGAGAGGAUGGUCCGCUCCGUGAAGAACUCCCUGAGGAUUGUUGUGGGUCGCCAGACUCUCACCGACGAGGUGCUCAUGACGGUGCUCGCUGAAGUGGAGCAUAUGGUGAACAGCCGCCCCCUCACCUACGUCAGCUCCGAGCCGACCGAUCCCGAGGCCCUUACGCCAAACCACUUCCUGCUCAGCGGCGCCCACAGGCAUCUGGCACCAGGCCUCGUGGGAGAGCGGGACGUGUGCAGCCGACGCCGGUGGAAGCAAUCUCAGGCCGUGGCGGAACACGUCUGGAGACGAUGGACGAAGGAGUACGUACCGACGCUCACACAGAGAAGCAAGUGGUAUCAAGAGCGACGCAACCUGGAGGUCGGUGAUCUCGUGAUGAUGGUCGAGCUAGCAAUGUCACGGGGCUCGUGGCCGCUGGCCCGCGUCAGCCGCGUGUUUCCUGCGGCCGAUGGCCGGGUCCGCUCAGCCGAGAUCCGGACCGCCAGUGGCAAGCUGUACACGCGACCGACUACCAAAAUAUGCUUCUUGGAGGAGGAGUGCAAGUAG